AAAAGCACGAGGAAUUUCAUUUGAAAUAUAAAAAAAAUUUUAGAAAAAGAAAAAGAUAUUUCGAAGAAAAGGCAUUUUCAAAAACGUAUAUAAUGUACGAGGAUAUGGAAGAUGCGUCUGACAUUGACGAGGAAUUUUACAACGCGUUGGCACUGCUACAUUCGACGGAGAACGACAGUGCGGAGAAACUUCGUAAAAUGCUGCAUACGUCUAUCGAGAAGAAGUAUGGCUUUGACACAACUUUGAUAGCCAGGAUGCCGAAGAAAUUUCUGCAGAAUACGAAAAUCUGUGGGAAAUUGUUCGCCAACGAGAAAUCGGAAACGUCUUGGCGUAAAAAAGGCAAUGAUAAACUGUCCAGAAAUACCACAAGUCCGUUGUUUUCUGCGAAUGAUACGACGGAAAGUAAUUGGAAACAGAUGAAAGUAUUUGACAUAGAUGUUGAGGAUUGUAGCGAGAAGAUGGACAUUCCCAGGAUAUCUAUUCCUGACGAAGGAUUUGGAGAUGGACUCCUGUGCAAGAUCUGUAACGGAGCAAAGUUAGGACCGCUGAUACUGCUGGAGUGUCAAGAAUGUCAAGAAGUCUAUCAUCCCCUGUGCCAUCAACCCCCUGUCGUCGACAUCGAUAUCUACGAUCCGAGAAUCGUGUGGCGGUGUAGAAAAUGUAUGGAUACUUCUUCAGCAAACUCUGUCGUUGCGUUCGAUGAAAAGAAAGUGAAAAGAUCUCGUCCACUGAACGAUGAUGGCAAAGCCAAAGAAGCUUCUGCGAAAGUGAACAAAUCGAGCAGAUUGAAUGGGAAUCUUCUGAAAGAUGAAACUGAUAUCGCUGAUCAAACUUUGUCCGAUAUUUCUCAACGAAUUGGUUGUGUUGGUGAAGUUGCAUCGAGUACAAAAAAUUCUUUCUAUUUGAACGAAAAGACGAGAAUAGGAUCGUCGUGCCAAUUAAGAAAACGAAUUGGUUCGAAACUUUCAGUCACUCGUUCUAUAAUAAAAUGAUAUUUGUAUUGCCAAUAAUUGAAAGAAAAUAAAAGAUGGAAGAACUCGAAACGGCCAGAAGGUACAUGCACGGUACGCUUUAUUUAAUUAUAUUUAAUUACGUAUUACAUGAACAAUGGAAAAUCCAUCUCGAACGUUUCUCGCUCUCUAAAAAAAAUCCACGCAGUUUCACACUUUACUCUGGCGUAUCAACGCUUCAAUCACAGUAUAGGGCGCGUUAUUUAAGCCGAUUAUAAACGUAGCUCGUUACACUACACUUUCAGCCAAACCAACCAACCA